AUGUAUGAAAAUAUAAACGACGGUGCAAAUCCACCACAAAAUAUUUUAGUUAAUUCGAGUAUUCGGAUACAAAUUAAAUAUGAUAAUAGUUCAGCUUUGAAAAAAAUAGUAGCAGAAUUGCAAUCAAGCAAUGAAAAAUUACAACUUCAGAUUUCUGAAAUGACCACUGGAAGCUCUAAAGACAUUUGGAGCACCCCUAAAAAAGCAAUAAAAGUGAUGAAAGAAAUUACGAGAACUUCUAUAAAAAUCCACAAACCACCUCCAAUAACAGUAUGUGGUGUAAAUAAUUUUAAAAACUAAUGUAUUAUCUAAAACUCAAAAAACCUUGGCAAAUAUUGAAAUUAAGAUAUUAAUGGGUGACAAACAACUUAAAGCAGAGAAAAAGUUUCGGGUGGUAGUUCGUGAAUUACACCCAGAAAUCGACCUUAGUGACAUUAAAAAUGAAUUAUCUAAAUUAGGACAUCUUACACAUAAUGCUACGAACAUCCAGAUUAAAAAAAAGUUGACCCUAAUAACAAGCAGUGAUUUUAUUAUUAUGAGGCUUCCACUAUUCUUCGUUGAUCUAGAGCUACAAGCGAAUAACAAAGACAUCUAUGAUCUUGACAAUUUUUGUUAUCACAAAAUUUUAGAAGCACAUUUUACAACAUGGACCAGUAUAAAGAUACGUGGAUAUAAAAUAUAUACAACAGAACAUCCAAGCAACCACGCUCAUGGAGGGACUGCAGUGACAAUAAAAGAAUCAAUCAAACACCAUGAACUUUAAAAACAUCCUCAAGAAUAUUGACAAGCAACAAGUGUCCGUGUAAAUGACGACGGCAAUGACCUUACUAUAUCUGCUAUAUAUUUUCCAACACGAUAUAAAGCGAAUGACAACAAGUUUACUGAAUUCUUUCGGACUCUGGAUAGUAGAUUCAUUGCUGGAGAUGAUUAUUAUGCCAAACCUACUUUUUGGGGAUUAAGAUUAAUUACCACCAAAGGAUAUGAUUUGUUUAAAUCUGCAAAUAAAAUUAAAGCACAAUUCAUCUCAACUAGAAAACCAACCUACUGGCCAACUGACCCAAAUAAACUACCUGAUCUUAUUGACUUCUAUGUAAUGAAAGGAAGUUUAUCAAAUUAUGUAAAAAUUGAAGGUCUAAUUGAGCUAACCUCUUGAUCACAUUCCCGUGCUUCUCUCAUUAAGUUUAAAUGUAAUAGUGAAACAAAAGAAAACUUCCAUAACAAACAAAAAUACGAAUUGGGAAUUAUUUAUAAAUACUCUCGAAGAAAACAUAACUCUUUCAACUAGAAUCAGAAUAAAAGGACCUAUGGCAUUUAACUGUGGGUUUCUGCCAAUAAGUCUAACAUUGAUAUAACACAACGCUGCCAAAACAUCGCUCUUCGGACCAUCACUGCAGCCUACCGGUUUGAAAGAAACGAUGCCAUUCACCGCGAUAUGAUGCUGCCUACAAUAGCUAAUGAAAUCCAAAAGUUUACUCACAAACACGAGACAAGAUUAGAUCACCAUGUCAAUCUACUAGCCAUCCAAUUAUUAGACAACUCCAAAGACAUUAAACGCAUUAAGUGUCAAAAACCAUACGACUUAGUUUAA